AUGGAGGCAUGCGAGCAGGAAGUUGACAGUGAGCUCUGUGAGGCCGAGUCAGAGCGCUCCAAGAUUCUGAUUCACCUUCUGGAAGGAAAUGCCUUUGUGUGGAAUGCAGAAGAUGCUCGUAAGAUACGGGAGAAGCAUGGCCUGAUGGGGAAGCUUGUGGGAGCUUUGGUGAGAAAACCCAUGCAGAAUACACGGCUGGGCCUUCCACUAGAACUUCUACCUGAGGAGACCAGGCUGCUGGUAGAAAUUGGGGCAGCAACACUUGUAUGCAGAUGCUUCAAAGAGAAGAAACAUGCACAUCCCAGUAAUUCACCUAUGGACGGCACAAGUCCUUCCAGUACUGUACCUGAGGAGGAGUCUUCAAAGGCAGGGGCUGAGGUCUUCCAGAACUUUCUGAAGAAUAGCUAUAAAGAGCAGCGGCGACUGGCCGUGGAGGAGAAACGGCGCACCCUAGAAAGCUUGUCAGAGACUAUCAUGAAAUUCAAAAACAAGAGAAAGCAUGGCGAACAAGAAGAACCAAUGGAAUCCUCCUCCCAUGGACCUAUUAAUGAGCUUCAGAACCUAGAAGAGACUUUUAAUUUCCCUGAAGAAGCCAUGAUGGUGCAGAUUCCAACAGCGCAAACCAGUAUACAAAGUAUAGAAGAAGUAGACCUGUGCAAAGCCUCACCAGACUGGCCUUACAUUGGGCAGAAGAAGCAUGAAUUACGGUUCAAGGUUUUCAGGGACCUCUGGCAGAAGGGAUACUACCUCACCAGCGGUAGCAAAUUUGGUGGAGACUUUCUUGUUUAUCCAGGAGACCCUAUGCGCUUCCAUGCACAUUAUAUUGCCAUCUGCUUUCCACAAGAUGAAGAAAUCGCAUUAAGUGACAUUAUCACUGCAGGAAGACUGGGAACAAAUGUCAAGAAGACGGUACUGCUGUGUUCUUCUAAUCAGGAGGGGCUAGUGACUUACACUUCUUUACAAUGGUCUGGAAUGCAGUAAAGACCUAAUAUUUAGGUAUUAAAUAUUUCAAUAUGAGGUCUUUUGUCUGUUCCUGUUUUGUGGCACUGUUACCCACAGCGAUGGUUACCAAAUGC